AUGGCUGGAGGAAAGAUUCCUAUUGUAGGAAUUGUGGCAUGUUUACAGCCGGAGAUGGGGAUAGGAUUUCGUGGAGGUCUACCAUGGAGGUUGCCCAGUGAAAUGAAGUAUUUCAGACAGGUCACUUCAUUGACGAAAGAUCCAAACAAAAAAAAUGCUUUGAUAAUGGGAAGGAAGACAUGGGAAUCCAUACCGCCCAAGUUUCGCCCACUGCCCAAUAGAAUGAAUGUCAUUAUAUCGAGAAGCUUCAAGGACGAUUUUGUCCACGAUAAAGAGAGAUCAAUAGUCCAAAGUAAUUCAUUGGCAAACGCAAUAAUGAACCUAGAAAGCAAUUUUAAGGAGCAUCUGGAAAGAAUCUACGUGAUUGGGGGUGGCGAAGUUUAUAGUCAAAUCUUCUCCAUUACAGAUCAUUGGCUCAUCACGAAAAUAAAUCCAUUAGAUAAAAACGCAACUCCUGCAAUGGACACUUUCCUUGAUGCGAAGAAAUUGGAAGAAGUAUUUAGCGAGCAAGAUCCGGCCCAGCUGAAAGAAUUUCUUCCCCCUAAAGUAGAGUUGCCCGAAACAGACUGUGAUCAACGCUACUCGCUGGAAGAAAAAGGUUAUUGCUUCGAAUUCACUCUAUACAAUCGUAAAUGA